CAGCGAGGGGCCCUGCGCUGUCCGAGGUGCUGAUUCGGGGCUCUGGGCGCCGCGCGCCGCUGUCCGCGGUGCUGCUGGUCACCUGACUCUCGGUUGAGGCGGCCGCGGAGGAGCUGGAGGCGGCGGCGGCGGCGGCGGCGAUGAGGAGGAGGCGCUGCUGCUGCUGCUGCUGCUGCUGCGGGCGCCCGGGCGGAGGAGCGCGGCUUGAGCGGCGGCAGCGGCGGCUGCAGCGGGCAUGAGCCAGGCGGGCCGGCGCGCCUGGGGGACCCUGCCGGGAGCGCGGGAGCAGGGCAGGAUGCGGCGGCGGCUGCUGCAGCAGCGGCGGCGAAGGCCACUCUGGCUGUGAGCUCGGCAGCGGCGUCGCGGGCCAGCCCGCCCGCCCGCCCGGCGGCACCACGAGCAGCAGCAGCAGCAGCAGCCGGAGCAGCUCCACCAUGCAGAAGGGGAUGCGGCUGAACGACGGGCACGCCGUCUACCUGGGGCUGCUGGCCAAGAAGGACGGCGCUCGGCGCGGCUACCUGAGCAAGCGGAGCUCCGACAACACCAAAUGGCACCCCAAGUGGUUCGCGCUGCUCCAGAACAUGCUCUUCUACUUCGAGAGCGACUCCAGCUCCAGGCCCGCCGGCCUCUACCUGCUGGAGGGCUGCGUCUGCGACCGGGCGCCCUCGCCCAAGCCCAAAGACCCCCUCGAGAAGCAGCAUUACUUUACUGUAAACUUCAACCAUGAAAACCAGAAGACCCUGGAGCUGAGGACGGAGGACGCAAAGGAUUGUGACGAAUGGGUGGCAGCCAUUAGCCACGCAAGUUACAGGACUCUGGCCACAGAGCACGAGGCCUUGAUGCAGAAGUACCUCCAUUUACUUCAGAUUGUGGAAACGGAGAAAACGGUUGCUAAGCAACUUCGGCAACAAAUUGAGGAUGGAGAAAUAGAGACGGAGCGCCUGAAAUCGGAGAUUGCUGCCCUGCUCAAAGACAAGGAGCGCAUCCAUUCCAAUCAGACCAGCACCCCGAACGAUGAUGACAUUGACAUCAAGAAGAUCAAGAAGGUCCAGAGCUUUUUGCGGGGCUGGCUGUGCCGGAGGAAAUGGAAGACCAUCAUCCAGGACUACAUCCGCUCACCUCAUGCCGACAGCAUGAGGAAGAGGAACCAGGUGGUCUUCAGCAUGCUGGAGGCCGAGGCAGAAUACGUGCAGCAGCUGCACAUCCUGGUCAACAACUUCCUGCGGCCCCUCAGGAUGGCGGCCAGCUCCAAGAAGCCGCCCAUCACCCAUGACGACGUCAGCAGCAUCUUCCUGAACAGUGAAACCAUCAUGUUUCUGCAUCAGAUCUUCUACCAGGGCCUGAAAGCUCGAAUCUCCAGCUGGCCGACCUUGGUGCUGGCCGACCUCUUUGACAUUCUGCUGCCGAUGCUCAACAUCUACCAGGAGUUUGUCCGGAACCAUCAGUACAGCCUGCAGAUCCUGGCCCACUGCAAACAGAACCGGGAUUUCGACAAGCUGCUGAAGCACUACGAGGCCAAGCCCGACUGCGAGGAGAGGACCCUGGAGACCUUCCUGACCUAUCCCAUGUUUCAGAUUCCCAGGUAUAUCCUGACGCUGCAUGAGCUGCUGGCGCACACGCCCCACGAGCACGUGGAGAGGAACAGCCUGGAUUACGCCAAGUCCAAGCUGGAGGAACUUUCCAGAAUAAUGCACGAUGAAGUAAGCGAGACCGAAAACAUCCGGAAGAACUUGGCCAUUGAGAGGAUGAUUAUUGAAGGCUGCGAGAUCCUCUUGGACACCAGCCAGACCUUUGUCAGACAAGGUUCCCUCAUCCAAGUGCCAAUGUCCGAGAAGGGGAAGAUCCCCCGGGGGCGCCUGGGCUCCUUGUCCCUGCGGAAGGAGGGCGAGAGGCAGUGCUUCCUCUUCUCCAAGCACCUGAUCAUUUGCACCAGGGGCUCCGGCGGGAAGCUGCACCUGACCAAGAACGGAGUGAUCUCCCUCAUCGACUGCACCCUGGUGGAAGACACCGAGAGCACCGAUGAGGACACCAAAGGAUCCGGGCAAGAAAUCGACCACCUUGACUUCAAGAUUGUGGUGGAACCCAAAGACAGCUCCUCGUUCACCGUUAUCCUCGUGGCCUCGUCCAGGCAGGAGAAGGCUGCCUGGACCAGCGACAUCAGCCAGUGUGUAGACAACAUUCGGUGUAACGGGCUAAUGAUGAACGCCUUUGAGGAGAACUCAAAAGUCACCGUUCCCCAGAUGAUCAAGUCUGACGCCAGCUUGUACUGCGACGACGUCGACAUCCGAUUCAGCAAAACCAUGAAUUCCUGCAAAGUCCUGCAGAUCCGCUACGCCAGUGUGGAGCGGCUGUUGGAGAGGCUGACCGACCUGAGAUUCCUCAGCAUCGACUUCCUCAACACCUUCCUGCAUUCUUACCGGGUCUUCACCACGGCUAUGAUUGUCUUGGACAAGCUGAUCACCAUCUACAAGAAGCCGAUCAGUGCCAUUCCGGCCAGGUCACUGGAGCUCUUGUUUGCAAGCAGCCAGAACACCAAGCUCCUCUACGGAGAGCCCCCCAAGUCCCCGCGGGCCAACCGGAAGUUCUCCUCCCCGCCUCCCCUCUCCAUCACCAAGUCGUCCUCUCCCAGCCGCCGGCGGAAGCUCUCCCUCAACAUCCCCAUCAUCACGGGCGGGAAGGCCCUGGACCUGGCCGCCCUGGGCUGCUCUUCCUCCAAUGGCUACGCGGGCAUGUACUCCUCCAUGUCGCCCUUCAGCAAGACCGCCCUCGACAUCAACAAGCUCUACGUGUCCAGCAACUACGCCAGCAAGAUCCCGGACGAGGCGGAAGGAGCCGCCGAGAAGCCGGAGGAGGCUCUGCUGAGCAAGCAAAGCUCAGAGGUCUCUGUCCGAGAAGAGUCUGAUGUGGACCACAACCUGAGUGACGAGGCGGAGGCGGAGAGCUCGCCCACCCGCUCGCCCACCACCCCGAAGCCGGCCCGAGGCAAGAACGCUUCAGAAUUCCCUUUGUUCUCCUACAACAACGGAGUGGUGAUGACCUCUUGUCGGGAGCUGGACAACAGCCGCAGUGCCCUCUCUGCUGCCUCUGCCUUUGCGAUCGCCACCGCUGGAGCCAACGAGGGCACCCCGACCAAGGAGAAGUACCGGCGGAUGUCCCUAGCAAGUGCUGGCUUCCCCCCCGACCAACGCAAUGGAGACAAGGAGUUUGUGAUCCGGAGAGCGGCCACCAACCGGGUGCUCAACGUCCUGAGGCACUGGGUCUCCAAGCACGCCCAGGAUUUUGAAACCAAUGAUGAGCUGAAAUAUAAAGUGAUCAGCUUUCUGGAGGACGUCAUCCAUGACCCAGAACUCCUGACUCAAGAGAGAAAAGCAGCUGCCAACAUCAUCAGGACUCUGUCUCAGGAGGACCCCGGAGACAACCAGAUCACCCUGGAAGAAAUCCUGCAGAUGGCUGAGGGAGUCAAGGCAGAGCCCUUCGAAAGCCACUCGGCUCUGGAAAUAGCUGAGCAGCUCACCCUGCUGGAUCAUCUGGUCUUCAAAAAGAUUCCCUACGAGGAGUUUUUUGGGCAAGGCUGGAUGAAGGUGGAAAAGAACGAGAGGACGCCGUACAUCAUGAAGAACACCAAGCACUUCAAUGACAUCAGCAACCUGAUUGCCUCCGAAAUCCUCCGCAAUGAGGACAUUGCCAUGAGGGCGAGUGCCAUCGAGAAGUGGGUCGCUGUGGCGGAUAUCUGCCGGUGCCUGCACAAUUACAACGCAGUCCUGGAGAUCACCUCCGCCUUCAACCGCAGCGCCAUCUUCCGCCUGAAGAAAACCUGGAUGAAGGUCUCCAAGCAGACCAAGGCUUUGAUCGACAAGCUGCAGCGACUGGUGUCUUCGGAGGGCCGCUUCAAGAACCUGCGGGAAGCCCUCAAGAACUGUGACCCGCCCUGCGUCCCCUACCUGGGUAUGUAUCUAACAGACCUGGCGUUCAUCGAAGAGGGCACCCCCAACUAUACGGAGGACGGCCUCGUGAACUUCUCCAAAAUGCGGAUGAUUUCCCACAUCAUCCGAGAGAUCAGGCAGUUCCAGCAAACCGCCUACAAAAUCGAGCACCAGGCAAAGGUCACCCAGUACCUGCUGGACCAGUCGUGCGUGAUGGACGAGGAGGGCCUGUACGAGGCCUCUCUCCAGAUCGAGCCCAAACUGCCCACCUGAGUCCGGGGCAGCCGGCUGGGACCCCGCUCUGGACACCACCUUGCAGCACCUUGUACAUAGCCGCCACCCUCUGUUUCUGUCGGGAGCCCUCGGUUGACGCCCUCGUCUGUGCUUCUCCACAAAAGUGACCCCCCCGACACCCCCCCCCGUCCUUAGAGCUCGGCUAGCAAGCCUCGCGUUGUCCUGAGGAGUCCGGCCUCUGCCACUUUGUCGACCGCGGUCUUGGUUUCUAUUAAGCAAUGUUCUCUUUGUCUUUUGACUCUUUGCGGGGGUGGGGGAGGGGAGGGGAGGGGAGGGGGGUGGCAGGAGGAAAGCCCCCUGGCGCCGGCAGCAGAGCCCCCGGAGAGCCCCCCUCGGCUCGCCCUCCCGUCCCCGGAGCGCCUCUCUGGGGCUUUGCAAUCCGGGCACAGGCUGCUCGCCUCCGCUCUGGGCAUCCGCACUUACGCGCACCCCCACGCCAGCACAGGGCGGGCCCCCCCCAGGCCGGGCCCCUGGAGAAGGGAAAGCAGCCCCGGAGGAGGCAGGCGCGCCCGCCGUGACGCCACUGGGCACACCGCCAGAGAGCCGGGCAGGAGGGCAGGCAGGCCGCGAAGCAGGGAGCAAGGCUGCUCUCCCAGGUGAGCCGUGGCCAGUGGCUGGCCUGAAGGAGGUGCUGCCCAGAGACAAAAUGAAAAGCUGGGCGGCGGGCGGGGGGGCACGGAGGCAGCCCUUCCGUGAGGUGGAAGGUUUGGAGUGGCCGGCUGGCUGGAGUCCGGCUCGUAGGGGGUGGCCAGUUGGGCUGUCCUUGGGCUCAUUGCUGAGUGGGUUGUGCAGGAUGGUGCCCUGAUGCUGUGGAGAUGGGGGGGGCAUGCCAUUCGGGGACUCUGCCUGGUCUGGGCCAGCCCCGAGGGGCAUCCGAGCAUCUCUCUGGCUCCUGCUGCUGCAUCGCCCCCUCCAGGAGGCUUCUGCCACACGCUCUGUCUGUAGACCUCGUGACACCUUCUUAGCAACAUAAGGUAGAAUUAGGGGGGUGGGGGUGGGGGGGCAACGACCGCGUGUUUUUAUUACAUAUACUGUAAUCCUGUCUAGCCACUUGCUAGCAGGGAUAUAGUAAUGUAGUGCUUAUUCUGUGAAUAUUAUCCCGUAUUUUUUACACUGUACAGUCUUGGAACCCAGGUGAACUUUUGCGUGGCUGGCAUGAUCCACCGUGACUCAAACCAGACACCUUUUACUGUCAGCAAGACCCGGCGGUCUGAGAAUUCUCUUUCAAGAACUCCAAUAAUUCAACUUACAGCUUGUUAGGGGGAAAGAAAAUUUCCAUUUUUGUAAAAAUAUAUGUUUCCUGAUUACCUCUUGCUAAUAAAUCUAUUCUAUCUCAGGGUGAA